AUGCCAGCACAUCCCUCUUGGUUGCGUCAUCAAAUCUUCCAUGGCGGCAGUAUCGGCAAAGCAGACGAUACGCUGGAUUAUCGAUUCAAUGAACCAGAUUGGGAUCAUGUGGCGCCACCAGGUCCAUUCUUCAAAGUCACAAUCCUUCCUAUCAGUGACACUCCAGAUGUUGGACUGAUUUUCCACUGGCACCAUGUCAUCUUCGAUGGAGUUAUCAUCAGACAAUGGUAUCGCGAGCUGGGUCAGAUUGUCAAGUCGCAACAACCUUCGACUGUGUUCCAUCCAUUCCAGCGGUACUCGGUUGCGCUCAAUCGCCGGAUGAAAAAUGUCGCGGCGCAGAAAGCAAUCGAUCACCAUGUCAACGCUCUUCGCGGCAUUGGCGCAUCCCGUGAUUGCCUUUGGCCCCCUCAGCGGGUUCCUCUCUGGCUCAAGGGCGAUGACGCGGGGUGGAAGUAUCCUGACGGUCGCCCAGGAGAGCCCGGACUACGUGUCCCGCUAGAUGGGGACCACGCCAUCGGCACAAUGGGUCUCGAAUACUCAAUUGUCGUGCCGCAAAUCCUCAAGCUGAGAGAGCGCUUUGAGAUCCCUCCUCCUAUUGUCGCCAAGGGCGCCUGCGUGUUGUUGAACUUGCAUCUCACAGGUGGCGAAGAAGCAGUCCUAGUCACAAAUGAGUCCGGUCGCGCGUGGCCAUUCAUCGACUCUAGUGAACAAAAUAGUGACGAGAGCGAGGACAACGGAGAUGGUGUGAAUCCGUUAUCUAUCGAUGGCCCAACGGUUACUCUCGCAGUGAGUCGCACGCGAGUUCAGGGCGAUGAAACGGUCGUCGAAUUCCUUGCUCGCCUACUUCAAGAGCAACACGUCAUCGAACAGCACUCGCAUGCACCCAUCGCCAAGAUUCUCGAUCGGUUGGAAUCACCACCCGGCGGAUCCUCACCGGCAAGCAAGGCAGACGGCGAGGUCGUCCGUAAUACUUUGAAUCGCCAGGUCUUUGACUGGCUACCCGAUAUCCGACCAAAUCAAUCCACUUCUGCGAAAGCAGAGCAGGAGAAAAGCGUCAGCAAUCCGGCGUCUGUUGAGAUGCUCGAAGUCCUCAGUCGCACGGACCUCGGAUUCGUUUGGUACCCGUCGCUCACGGAGUCGAACACAACGCUGAAGUUGAACACAACCUGGGAUGACGCGCAAAUGCACGCCAGUGAGGUUUCCCAGGCAAUGAAGGGAUUCUUGUCUGCCACUGCAUGGCUAUCGAGACCGGAGAAUUGGGAACAACCGGCGAGGGAAUGCAAGUUUGAAAUGGAGGAUGAGAUUAUCGAUGUCGGACCAGAGAAGUGUUACCGUCGGUAA